AUCAGUGCAGUGGUGGUUGCCAUUUUUCGCUCUCUGUGGAAGGGGCAUGCCGAAAGCCUGAAAUUUACAUUUUCGGCAAUUUUAUAGACAUUACAGUGAGUUUGGAACCAAAAAUUGUCUAAAUGGCGCUAAAUCCACAAUACGAUGCAAUCGGAAAAGGAUUUGUUCAACAAUAUUAUGCGCUAUUCGACGACCCGGCACAGCGACCAAAUCUGGCGAAUUUGUACAACGUAGAAACAUCUUUUAUGACAUUUGAAGGAGUGCAACUACAAGGUGCUGUUAAAAUUAUGGAAAAAUUAAAUGGCUUGGGAUUCCAAAAAAUCGGCAGGUUUAUCACAUCAAUUGACUCACAGCCUAUGUUUGAUGGUGGUGUUCUAAUUAAUGUUCUUGGCAGGUUGCAAUGUGACGACGACCCACCACACUCGUACAUGCAGACGUUUGUACUAAAAACACUUGGGGACUCCUUCUUCGUUCAGCAUGACAUCUUCCGUCUCUGCAUUCACGAUGUCGCCUAAAACCUUAGACUGUCUAUCGCGAAGCAAUGUGAAGAGACUACCACAUUCACUUUUAGCAUAACCUGUUUCAAUCCUGAGUGUCCAAUGUAUAAACUUCCAUAGAGAUUCCAAUGAGCCCUAGAUAUAUUGUUCUGUACAUUUUAUGGCAAACUAAAUUGUGAAUGUGUUGACAACUGGUUCAAUUGAAGCGAAUGAUAUAAUAUUUAAAUCAAAAACAGUUUCAUGACACUGUUCGCUCCAAUUUAAUGAGUAUGUCUCGUGAAUAUUAAAGGUGUUUUUAUGGGGUCUCUAUUGUUUCCCAUAUAGUUUUAAGUCAUAAUGUAUUGUUUGUCCACAUUUUCGUAAGUCAUAAUUUGGUUUUUCUAAGAAACGCGUAACUUUUCAGGAUUGCCAUAAAACAAACCUAACCUAACCUAACCUAUCUGUAGGAUAACCUGAGGAAAAUCCUGAAGUUAAUGGUUUCAGAAUUAUGACUAAUGAUAAUAUGACAAUCAUUAAGCGAGGUUUAGACUAGCAAGAACUUGCAUGCAAUUUAAGUUACAUUGCCGACUACUAAAGUAAACUGUAUUCAAAAGGUUGAUCAGAUACCGCAAUGUAACGAAAAUUGCAUGCAAGUUCUUGCUAGUCUAAACCUCGCUUAACAUUAUGAGUAUUGUGACUCAAUAAUUAUGUCAAACGAAGGGACCCCGUUUUUAUGAAUUACGCCUAAUGUCCCUUUCGCUUGACUCGCGUUGCAAUUUUAAUGUCGAUCAACAUUUUAAAAUAUUCGUCAUCACGCUGCAAGUGCAUCUUGUUUUGGUUAUCUAGGUAUAAGUAACUAGUAAAUGAAUUGCCCAAAUGUGAAUUUCAAAAUUUAUGAACUUCUAAGUAAAUUGUCGUUUUCAGCUUAGAUGUAAAAUAAAGCUUCGAAAGGGCGUAAUUUUCAGUUACGUGUAUACAUUUUGUAAUAAAUACAUUAUAAUUUUGUAA